AGUGCCUUAAAUAGAGGACAUUAUAUAUAUAUCGAGAAAGGUUGGAUGAGAAUGAAUUUCAAAAACUAUAAAAUAAGCUAUUCCUGUUACCCGAGAGUUAAUCAUGCUCAUAAGCAUGUUAAGCAACUCUCUGAUCGGUAUAAUGAUCUCAAAAGUAAGGGUACACUGAAGAAAUAUCUUCUCCCGCCAGCUGACACAACUUGUAGAAUAAACAACGACAAGCCUGAAUUUGAGUUAUGUUUACAAACUUCAGACAAAGGAAGCGUUGUGGAAAUAGAAGAUGUGCUCCAGCGAAAAGACAAAUUUCACUACACUGGAUUAAUCGAAUACAGAACAAUUGAGGAAUUUGUCCGACAUAAAGAGUGUUUAAAGGAAUCGUAUGUGGUGCUGGUAACAAAAGAAAAUGUCAAGGAAAUAAACAUUCUGCAAUCCAAAAAUGUAGACACUAUAAUAAUAACCGAUAGUAUUGAGGAGAGCAUGGAGGACACAGAAUAUCUCAAGGACAUACGAAGCGUUCAUGUUUCCUUAAAAGAAAACGUCAGUGAUAAAGUCUGCAAGAUAAUGGAACAAAAUGUAUUCAAAGCAUUUGAAAUGAAAAAUAAAUGCGAAAUCCUUAAUAAAUGCCUUAGUGAACAUCGUAAACAGAACGCUAGUCAAGAACAGAGCCAAAACUUCAUCGUUAAGGGCAACGCGUCACAAAUCCGAGAAGGACGUAAAGAAUGUCUAUCUGAAUCAGUCAAGUGUAAUGAAGUGGUAGCGAAGAAAGAAGGCACUCCUAACAGCAGAUGUGUGUUAAAUUCAGAUAGUGUACAUACAACACCAUCACCUAAAAAGAGACCAUGGUCAGCGGACAAAGUAUGCUUAAAUGGUAAUAUUGAUGUUUGGAGGCAACAUGGUCGUCUCAAUGGAAGAGCUACAACGACUGAAAUUUACUCCAGACUAGAGACGGAGCCUUCGCAGCCUUGUAUCUCUAAGAAGCCACGCACAAAUGAAAAUGUAUCGCUCGAAACAGAAAAUGCAUCUCGAAGUGUUGAAAAAAGCAUGUUUUCUAUUGAUGUUCGAAAUGUAACGCUUAAUGAACAUGUUGAUAGAAUAGAGCGCCUGUUAGAUGAAAUGAUAGGAAUGUUUGCUAGAAGCCGUGUUCCACAGAAUGAAAAACCGAAACCAGACGAGAAUUUUGAUGGAAUUGUAAGUGAUGUGCUGAAACAGGACCUUAGACUAAUAUGUCCAUCUGUUAGAGGCUGCGGAUACCGCUGUUGUACUUUUGUUGUAUUUGUUGAUGAUGAAAGUGAUCCAGAAACGUUUAAACCGGAAAUAGGGAGAAUUCUGAACAAGCACAACAUCUCCAAAUUUACUGUUGUUUCGUCUAGUGUGAAGGAACUUUCAUCUUGCAACGUUGGGUCAGAAGUAGAAGCAACGUUUGGUGAUGGUACCGUUAAAUACGGUACCUUAGGUGGGUUUGGGCUUGCAUCAUCAGACGGAGGUAAUAACACAAUAUGCUUAGUAUCACGUCAUGUUGUUGCAGAUGUUAAUGGUAAUCCUGCAUCUACACUUAAAGUUUUAAACGACAAAAAUGCAACCGAUGCAUCAAUAAUGAUUGACAAAUCAAUCAGGGAACAUAGAGAAACUGUCCUGGAUAUAGCAGCGGCUUCUUUUGAAAGCGACGAGAGUCAAUUUGACACCAAGUACAAAACGUCGGAAGAAAAUGCAGCGGAAGGAAAAUUAAGUGAAUAUAGCUUGGAAGAGCUGAGAGGUCUUCCUGUCCAUAUUUGUGGAUCUAAAACACCAAUGGGUUACGGAACGAUAACAAUGCCGAAUGUUGAAGCGGUGCAAGAUAGCAGUAUGGAUGAUUUCAUUAUCAUCGAGGACAGAGAUAAUGCCGCCAAGGAGAAAAAACCUUUUUGCGCAGAUGGAGACAGUGGAUCAAUAGUAUGUACCGACGACCAAGAAAAUCCAGAGAAUGUGCGAUUGGUUUCAAUGGUAAUGGGUGAAAAUACAGACAAACCAGGCUUUUAUUAUUCUCUGAAUCUUGAGGAAGGAAUAAAACAGGUAAAAGAAGAAACGAAGUCAAACAUUCAGCUUCUGUAGCUUCAGUGGACAAUACCAUGUUUUAGCAUUCCAUUCAGUGAUAAGUAGAAUCUUGCUGUUCUGGCCAGCUUCAGUUAAGCUAAGUUUAAAUGUAAGAUGUUACGAUUUAUACUGCUAAGUUCUCCGAUUAAUUUACGUAUGUCCUAGUAAGGAAACUACAUAUAACUUUCACAGAGCAUAUCUCAACCAAUACAGAAUUAUUGCAAGAACUGAAGAAAGUAGAUGAAUAUAUAUUAAUCAAAGAAUUUUGACAAAAAGCAAAACCAAUACCUUACGCAUCCCCGCCGAUAGUUUUAGCUGAAAAUAAAAUAAGUUUUAUCUGUUUCAAGUAGCAACAAUUCAACGUUUCAAGAUACAGUUCCCUAAUGCUGCAGAACAUGUUAUAAGUAUGUUAUUUUUAUUAUCCGUGGCAAUGUUAUCGCUUGUGAAGGUAAAUAUAAUGAUUUUUAUAAGAGAUAAAAACGAUCAGUUCUCUGUAGUUUAUGUAUUUUUUUCAUUGGACAUAUUCUUGGUUUUGUCAUUUUGAAAACAACUUCGUUCUUUUCAGUCAAGAAAGGCUAUUUGUUAAAUACAUUUUUCGAAUACUUAGUAUAAUAAAAAAAAAAUUCUAUGCUCAACUGGAUCAUUUUAGCAGCGAUUCAUUAUAAAUUGUUUAGCAAUGAUUAUACUGACAUUUUUAGCAGUGAUUCAGUAUGAAAUUUUAGUAGUGAUUUAGUUUGAAAUAUAUGUCAGUUAUUCAGUAUGAAAUGUAUGGUACGUUUGCUAUCUUAAUGUGAAGCCCAAUUAAAUACGUCAAUAGCUGUGAUGCGGUAUGAAAUGUAUGAAAGCUCUUAAAGAAACAAACUAUGAUGUUUCAAUAUUUACGCUGUUUUAGCUCGGCUAUAUAAAGAAUAGGUGGAGCUACUAGACUCGUACGUCGGCGUCAGAGAGUUGUCGUCCCGAUUGGCUUAAGUUUUUGUAUGUAAGCUGGUAUCUCAGUAACCACUUGCGGGAAUGGAUUGAAACUUCACACACUUAUCCACUGUGAAGAACUGCUGACUUAGUUUCCACAGGUUCCAUAACUUUAUUUUACCUUUUUACAAAAUUAUUCCUCUUUUUCAACUUAGAAAAUUUUGGUUAAGGUUUUGAAUGUAAGCUGGUAUCUUAGUACCCACUAUUGGGAAUAAAUUGAAACUUCAAACACUUGUUAAAUGUCAUUAUCUGAAAUGCAAAGCAGAGGUUUCAUAACUCUACUUUGCAUUUUUACAAAAUUAUGCCCUUUUUUCUAAUUAGCAGUUUUUGGUAAAGUUGUUGUAUGUAAUCUGGUAUCUCAGUUACAACUUGUCGGAAUGGAUUGAAACUUCACAUACUUAUUUACUGUGAUAAAUUAUUAAUAUUGCACAGGUUCCAUAAUUUUACUGUCUUACAAAUUAUGCUCCUUUUACUACAUGGAACAUUUCGGUUAAGGUUUUGUAUGAAAGCAGGUGUUUCAGUACCCGCCAAUGGGAAUGGAUGGAAACCUCAUACACUUGUCCACUGUCAAAAUCUGAUGUGCACUGUACAUGUUUCACAAAUCUACUUUGCAGUAUUACAAAAUUAUGCCCCCUUUUCGACUUAGCAGUUAUUGGUUACGUUUUUAAGCUAGUAUCUCAGUACCCACUAAUUGGAAUAGAUUAAAGCUUAACACACCUGUCCACUGAUAUGCAUUUUACAGGUUCCAUAACUCUGUUUUGCAUUUUUAAACGUUUUUGUCCCUUUUCAUCUUUUAUAUUCAUUCGAUUGACAAGGCUGUUGAAUAGUUGAGCGUUGCUGUCCUCCCACAGCUCUUAUAAGAUAAAAUUAUUUUUGAAAUGAAACCUUUCCAAGAUAUCAAAAGUUGAUGUCACUGACCGUAAAUUAUAUUGAACUUGUGUUUGAUCUCAUAAAUAUAAUAUGUUGUUACCUGUGAUAUAUUAUGUUAUUCAAAGAGUAUGCCCCUGUUUUCAAGUUCCGUAUUAUAUACUAUGUAUAUUGUCUUGUUUGUUGAUGGAUUCACUAACAAUAUCCCCCUACCCAUUUGUUACCACCUAACCUAAUCCUCCACUCUCUUUUUAUUAUGAGUGAGGCUAGGUAUCCACCAUAUACUGGAUGAAGCUCCUGUCUUGGAGUUUUGUCAUCAGUCGUCCCUGAGAGGUAUCCGAGUGUUUUUGUUUGUGUCCUACUUGUCUGUUCUGCUUGUCUAUGUGUGCGUACAUGUAUGUAUGUGUGUGUUUGUGUUGGUCUUUUGCGUGGUUUGCGGUCUGAGGAGAAAGCGUGUUUUGCGUGAAAGCGUAUUCAUCUUUGCAUUUUUCCAUUUUCCCUACAUCUCCACCCCUUAAAUGAACUUGUUGUGGGUUUUUGAACCAGCCCGUCUGCCUUAUCUUCUUUCAACUACAGUUUCGAUUUGUUUCGGGUCUACUUUGCGAUACAUGGCUCUGACACUAUUUGCUAUGUUCGAUGCUUGAGGGUGAUCUACUCUUACCUUUUUAUGUGAGAUCUCACAAAUUUUAAUUACCAGUGAUAUUUUGUUACGUCUUUGUAUUUUAGUGUGUUAUAACAAAUUAAAUUGCCUGUGAUAUAUGUUGUUACGUCUGAAAAUGUCUGUUUGAGUUAACGACAUUGUUUAACUUGAUAUAUAAACUUCUGCUAGAAUUUUUGACAUUGUGUUACUUGUGAUAUCUUUUGAUACGUCUUUAGACUUCUGUUCGAGUUUACGACAUUUUGUUACCUAUUAUAUCUUUAAAUACGACUUUAAAAUUCUGUUGCAGUUUACGACUUUUUUUUACCUAUUAUAAAUUUUGAUACGUUUCUAAACUUCUGUUGGAGUUUACGACAUUUUGUUACCUCUUAUGCCUUUUGAUACGUCUUAAUAGUUCUGUUGGAGUUCACGACAUUUUGUUACCUAUUAUGUCUUUUGAAACGUCAUUAUAUUUCUGUUGAAGUUUACGACAUUUUGUUACCUAUUAUAUAAUUUGAUACGUCUUAUACUUCUGUUGGAGUUUACAAAUAUUUUGUUACCUUUUAUGUCUUUUGAUACGUCUUUAUACUUCUGUUGCAGUAUACGACAUUUUGUUACCUCUUUUAUCUUUUGAUACAUCUUUAAACUUCUAGUGCAGUUUAUGACAUUAUGUUACCUUUUAUGUUUUUUGAUAGUCUUAAUACUUCUGUUCCAGUUUACGACAUUUUGUUACCUUUUAUGUCUUUUGAUACGUUUUUAUACUUCUGUUGGAGGUUACGACAUUUUGUUACCUAUUAUAUUUUUUGAUACGUCUUUAAAAUUCUGUUGGGGUUUACGACAUUUUGUUACCUAUUAUAAAUUUUAAAACGUCUUUAUACUUCUGCUGGAGAUUGGUUUUGAUAUUUCUAAAUAAUUAGCUUUAUGUAAAAUUCAUGUUAGAUGUCAUACACUGUCGUUCAACCAGAGAAGUUGUAAUAAGUAUUAAUUCUUUUGACAGAUCCAAAGCUUUUGUUACUGAUGUUAUAUUUAGAUUACCAUCCUUAAUAAUUAGUCCCCUACCCGUUGAAAACCAGUUUCAGGGACUAUAGGGUUGCGUUUUCCGUCCGUCCGUCAUUCCGUCCGCAGUUUUGUGUCCGGUCCAUAACUCUGUCAUUCAUCAAGGGCUUUUAAUAUUACGUGGUAUAAAUUUUAUCCAUAAUCAGACAACGCGUCAUUUGCAAAACCGAAACCCUACAUUGGAGGUCAAGGUCACACUUAGAGAUCAAAAUUCAGUAGGUUUUAUUCCCUGUCCGGUCCAUAACUUUGUCAUAUGCAAUAUGUAAUACAAUAUUGCAAGAUUUAUGUAUCAGUUGGCACACAUAUUCCACUGGGUGUCAUGCGCAAAACCCGGACCCUUAUCUGAAAUGUCAAGGACACACUUGGAUGUCAGAGGGCGUUUUUCCUGUCCGGUCUGUAACUCAAAAUCCUUAAAGGGAUUUUAAUAUUACUUGGAAAAAAUACCCCAUAAUAAGACGAUGUGUCAUGAAUAAUAUUCAGACCCCUAGCUCAAAGGUCAAGGUCGCAUUUGGAAGUCAAAGAUCAAUAGGGGUUUCCCUGCAUGGUCAAUAACUUUGUAAUCCAUGAGGAGAUCUUAAUACUACUUAGACCAAUUGUUUUCCAUAAUGAGACAACAUGUUUUGUGUAAUCAUUUUCCUAAACUCAAAGGUAACGGUCACUGUCAUAGGUCAUAGGUCAAUAGGAUUUUUUUCUUCUUUCUGGUCCAUAACUCUGUCAUCAAUUAAGGGAUUGCAAUAUAACUUGACACAAAUUUUCCCAUUUUCCCCAUAAUGAGACAAUGUGGCCUGUGCAAUACCAAGAUCUCUAGCACAAAGGUCAAUGUCACACCUGAAAGUCGAUAAUCAACAUUGAUCUUUUCCUGUCCAGUCUGUAAAAUAUCUUUAUAUAAGUUCACAUGCCAUAUAGAUUAAAAAAUGUUGGUGUAUUUUCUUCAGAAUAACUUCCCUUUGAUAUGAUGAUUUCUUACUUUUUUUCUCAUUUUUAUCCACUAAUUUCGAAAGACAUGUUCUAAAAAUUGAAAUUGAAAUUGAAUACUUUUUAUAUUUAAAAAUGUUAUGAUAAAAUCAAUAACUGUAAAUUUUUGUAUAUGCAAAUUUUAUCCAAGUUUUGUGUUGUAUAUAUAGUUCAAUAUUGUUUAUACAUCAUUAGCAGAUAUCAGAUCAUUAUGUUAUACUGCAGUAGAGAAAAUAAUGUGCCGUCCAGUAGGGGAAUUUGUUUUGCGUGGCAAUACUUCAUUCACUUGUUUUUUUCUAGAUCUGAUAUAAUGCUUUAUUUAUACUACAUAAUGAUAUGCCGUUAUUUUGAUAAAUGUGAUAGACACUGUUUAGAUGUUGUACACUGUGAUAUUCUUUAACACGUUUUCUAUAUCUAAUAAAUAC